UACUGAAUACUAUGGCAAUUGAAACAAAUAAAAACAGUAUAUUCAAUUAGUGUCAAACUAAAAAGAAUAUUCUUUUAAUACUAUUAUCUUUCUGAACUUGAAUCUCUGUGAAGAAGAUAACUGUAAAAAACAUGGAUGAGCCUGAACAGAAUCUAAAUGCUGCUAGUUCCUCCGUCCUCUUCGUAGGUGCUCCCUCUGAAUCGGACAUCGAUAUGAUAGUAGGAGUCGCCAAAAAGAUUGCAUCAUCAGGACAAAAAAAAUUGAGGACGAGCGCUACAUUUCUGGCCCUGCAAGAAUCCGUUAAAGAGAGAGCGCAAAAAAUGAAGGAGCAAAGAACUCUUCGGUAUCAAGAAUUGCAAUUGCCCCACAGACAUAUAUGCGAUAUGGUUGCGAUGUAUUGGGGAAUCGAACCCAGCGAAGUGAUGGAAGGUGUUAUUGAUGAUGUAUUCCAUUUGGAACUCCUGCAGAGUCUUCUGGAUAAAGAUAAAAUAAAAUGUAUCCUUUUUUACUGUCAAGAUGGACCGCCAUAUCCACUGGAAUCCGGUAGAAGCGGUACUACUACUAACAAACUGAUAAGAAGAAUAUUUGUUUCGAAUGGUACAACUUAUGGAAUGGAUGGGAAAGCGGUUGCUGUCUAUAAAGUUAGCAACGCCGCUCUUGACCUGAAAAAUAUAAAUGACGAUGUGUGUUUCGUUCAGUUCGACAUGAGCGAAGGCACUUCAAAUUUUGCUGCUGUCGCGUAUGACCUGUUGAAAGACAUCUCAACACCCCUGAUCGGUCUAACUAAAGAUUGGGGGGAUCUUCCCAAAACAGAAAACGGUCGGAUGCAAAAGUUGGAUUUCGAAGGAGAUUUCUCGGCAUUCGUCACAUUUCUAGAUAGAACAAAAAUAGACCUGAGUGGAGUUGUUACGUUUUCCUACGACAAAAAUGUACUCAAUCAGAUAGACCGAGAAGAUAAACGGGAAAAGGCCUUUUUUGAUAAGGCGUUAAUCCAACAAGUAGAAACAAUAGUUAGAGUCUGGCAUAAAUUGAUUGAAAGGUGUUUGGUGCAGUUUAGGCAACUGCGAAGAGAAGAUGAGUUUGUGGGACCAGUUGCCGAAAUUGAAUACUGGAGAAGGCAGUUAGCCAGAUUUACGAGCCUGGUUGAGUUUUUGGAAAAGGAGGAGUGUUAUCAGUUCAUAGACUUUCUGGAAUAUAUUGAUAAUAAAGAGAUUAUGAAGAUCUGGAAAAAACACUUGAACGCUGUAUACGAUACAAGAAACGAAUGUUCUGAUAACGUCAAAUACUUAUAUUCAAUGGAAAAAUACUGGGAACCGUUCUACAGACUAGAAUUACCGGAGCUUGCCAAUCACAUUCCCCCUCUCUUACAUGCAAUUCGAAUGGUUUACACCACAUCGAGAUAUUACAACAGCACCGGAAAUAUAACAGCCCUUUUAGUGAAAGUUUCAAAUCAGAUCAUCAUAAAAUGCCGAAAUUAUUUGAACUGCAACGGUUCUAAAACAGUUUGGAACCAACCCAAGCAAGAAGUUCUAGACAAAAUCAAGACAUGUCUUGAUCUGUAUUUAAAAUACUACCAAUGCUUCAAACGAACUAGAAAACAAAUGGAAGAAGCUGGAGAGAAACCGUUUGAAUGUUCGGAAAUGUUCAUUUUUGGAAAAUUUGAGACUUUCAAAAAGCGCGUGGAAGAAAUAGUAUUUGUAUUGAAUACCACAAUAAAAUACUCCAUUUUGCAAAAGAGUACGAUUGAGGGUAUAGACGUUUUCGCAAACAAGUUUAUAAACUUUCACAAGAAAAUAUCAACACAGAAAUACGAUGCUUUGAAUCACCGACUUCCUUAUUUCGAUAAUGACUAUAAGGAAUUCAGGCAAAAUGUUGUGGAUACUGAAUGGGAAAUGGAAGAAUUUGUUGGAAGUUCGCUUUCGAAAAUAACAGAUGUCAAUAACGUUAUUAGAUUACUCAAAAGAUUUGAAAAGUUGAAUUUGGAAUGCCUUCACUUAGAUGAGAGAUAUCUUGAAGCGAUGUUGAUGUUUCAAGGAGAAAUUGAGGUGCUUCGUGAUAGAUACAACGAGGAACGACAAACGCCACAACUACCUAGAAAUAUGCCUCCAGUAGCUGGCAGAAUUAUGUGGAUAAGACACUUCUAUAGUAGAAUUGAGGAACCUAUGAAUGUUUUCAAAACUAAAGACAGGGUUAUACGGCAUGCAAAAGUCCAGAAGUGCAUUCAGCUGUUCAACGCUUUGUCAAUGGUGUUCGUUCAUUAUGAAAAUAUCUAUCACGAUGCUUGGUAUACUUUUUCUGGUCAAGUUCGUAAUUGCCUGAUGGCUCCGAUUUUGACGAAACACGAGAAGACGCGGAGGUAUCACGUCAAUUUCGAUCCAUAUAUAGCCGAAGUUAUAAGAGAAGCCGAAUACAUGUAUAAACUCGAUCUUGCUGUUCCGGAUGUGGGCCAAGUGCUUGUAUUCUGUAAAGAGAAACUUCUGAACUCCUAUGAAGUAGUGAAAGCACUGGUAGUAAGAAACGACACCAUCAGGAUGAACAUUCCAACGCUCUUCCUUCCAAUGAUGAGGCCGCAAUUGCUGAAGAUGGAAAACGCUUUCAUGGAGGCCUUUUCUACAAUCACGUGGACUUCGAUGAGGAUCCCUGAAUUCUGUACUGAAGUCACCAACGUUCUCGACUACAUAGAAAUGUUUGUCAAGGAAGUGAGGGAUAUGAAGGAGGCGCGGAUUGAUGAAGUACUAGAGACGUUAGCUCAAACAUCGCUCGUCUAUUUGCCAGAAGACGCCAUUAGCCCUAGCACAUUUCUGGAGAAGAACAUCAAACACAGACAAAAAAUAGCCAAAGAAAUUGAACUGAAGUCUUCUACUGUGGAGAGGUGUGUUAUUGAACUAAUAAAUAAGUUUUUGAGUGUGGUCGAUCAACCAGAGCUUCAGAAAAACAAAUACAAUUGGUUGGACCCCGAAAAGGCGUUGAAACCAAUCAGUUCGACGUCUAGGCUGUUGAUGUCUGAAGAUGCAGCAUUUAGAGAAAUAGACCGGAAUGCUCCAUUGGAUCUUACAUUUAUUCAUGCCGAUUGUUCCGAAAUGUUCUCGUUUUUCAACAUGAAACUAGUGGACGCCCUGAUAAAAUCAUCAAAACUGUCACUGGAGCAAGUGAAGAAGAGAGCCACUGGUUUAUCUGGGGAACUAAAUCCUCUGAUGAAAACAAGUAUGGUUCUACAAAUACCGGUAUCAAAGAUCAACCCAAGUUUAGAUGAAAUCCAUAAUUACUUCUCACAAGUUUUAAGCAACACUUUGGAUACUCACAAGUACGUGUCAAUGUGGGGACAGGAAAAAGCGAAGAAAUCAUCUAUGAAAAAAGAGAUGAAGACAGUUAAGAUAAGAACAAGAAAUUACUUCAAAGUAAUCAGCGAGAAUAAAGAAAUCAUGCGGAUUUUUAUGAGUCUGCAAGGUGUGAUGUAUUUAGUUCAACCAGAUGUUGUGAGUCUGCUAGAGAGAUACUUGGAGUACAGUUACUUGUGGGCUGAAGACAGAGACAAACAAAUAGAAGAUUUUUGCGAGCUGAAUCCGUUGAUUGUGGAAAUCUCUGAGAAAUUUCAAGAAUACGAUGCUAGAGCAGAGUACAUCAAACAGCUUCCAGAUAAUCAUAAUUUGGGGCCUAUUCAAAUAACUAUGGAUCAAUUCAAAUUGGCCUUAUUGGUGGAGUCCGACGCUUGGAAACAUAUCAUGGGCAAAAAGCUGGGGCAAAGAUACAAAGAAAAAUUGAAUUCAAUGGUGGACUUCAUUAAAAUGCAAGAAAAGAUCUUGAACAAACCAAUCAAGGAUUUAGACGACUGCCGACUGGCAAUGCAUUGCCUGGAAGUUAUCAGAGAGAACUUCAUUGAAAUGGAUAUGGAUCUGGGCUUGAUGGAAGAAGCCUACGGAACGUUUGCCAGAUUUAAAAUAGAUGUCUCGAAGGAUGAUAUUGAGAGAAUCGAAUCUCUUAGGUUCAAUUUCCAAAACAUGGUCAACCAUUCUAAAGUGGUGCAAGAAAAUAUUUGCGACGUGCAGGGACCACUUUUAGAAGAAUUAACAAACGGGGUGGCAAAAUUCGGCGAAGAAGUUGAACAGUUUGAUAUAGACUUCGAAUUAAAAGGUCCGAUGAUACCGGGUUUGUCAGCACGAGAAGCUAGCGACCGAGUCUUAGCGUUCCAAGAUCGUUUCGAUGAGCUGUGGCGCAAAUUUGAGAUGUACAGCAGUGGUGAACGACUGUUUGGUCUCGAAGUUAAAGACUACCCAGUUCUGCACAAACGAAAGAAGGAGUUCAAUCUGCUGAAUAAGUUGUACGGUCUUUAUUUGGCUGUAAAUCACAGUAUCGAUGGUUAUUUCGAUAUUUUGUGGAGUGAUGUGGAUACUGAGGUCAUUUUCGCCGAGCUACAGGAUUUCCAAAAUAGAUGCCGGAAAUUGCCCAAAGGAAUGAAAGAUUGGCCCGCGUUUCAAGAAUUGAAGAAGAAAAUUGACGAUUUCAGUGAAACCUGUCCAUUACUUGAGCUCAUGGCUAACAAG